GUGAGCCGGCUGGUUUCUUUCAGAAAAGGAUCAAAAAUCGUUGCUGAGUUUGAACAACCACCCGCCGGACAGUUGUUUUCAAAGUCAGGACUUCGUUUUUCUUCUUCCACCUGAACUGUAACAGCCUGAAGACAACAGCUCCCCGCACUAAAGCCUCAUGUUCAGCACGCCGUGGGGCGUUUUCUGCCGUUAGUGUCAGUUUAUUAGACCAUCCGCCUUGUAGCUGUCAUAGCUGCAUGUCCUCGGGAACGGACGUCCUGCCUAAUUUCCUCUAGUCCUCAUCAACUUUACCUGGGAUCGCCGUUUUGGACCACAGACAGUAUUCUCACAAAUCAUCAGUUUGUUUGUUUUUUCUGAAUCUGGAGUGUGAGCCUGAAACGCAUCCAUGAAGCCCCUCCUCUUUCUGCUGACACUGUAACGCUGACGGAGAGCCAAAACACCAGAGAGCUGCGAGUCAGUCUGACACCAAACACAGAGGAAGACCGAGGUUCUCCAGAGAAUAGGCGAGCACAAGACGGCAUCGGGUGCAGGGAUAAGGACAAACACAUUUCUCGGACUGUUUCAAAAAGGAGCAAAGAGACUGGACCGGUGAUCCUACUUCUGGAGGAUUUUCCUUGUGAGUAAAGAGUGAACACUAACAGGUUUUCUUCCCUGUGAAGUGGAUCCUUCCUUACUCUGGAGAGCACUUCUCUGUCCUACAGCACCAUGGAAGCUUUCAAUUGCAAACAGUCAAGUCCAGUUUAUGGUUUAGAAAUGUAUGUUUGUGUUGUUAGUUGAUUGAACACUUUAUGUCAGAGUAACAACAAUGGUGGAACCAGUGGGGUUUGUGGAGGCAUGGAGAGCCCAGUUCCCUGAGUCUGAUCCCCCUUGCAUGGACCUGAACUCGAUGGGGGACAUUGAACAGGAGCUGGACAAAUGCAAAGCAUCCAUCAGGCACUUGGAGAAGGAAGUAAACAAGGAGCGCUUUCGCAUGAUCUACCUGCAGACUCUACUUGCAAAAGAGAGGAAGUCUUAUGACGGGCAGCGAUGGGGAUUUAAAAGGACGCCCCAGAUGAAUGACGGAGACCUGUGCAGUGGCCCAGAGGGCCCGAGGUCCCACGCAGAUGAGGCACCAGUGGAGGAGCAGCAGCUCAGAGGGCCUGGAAAGACAGCCAGAUGUAAACCACAUCCUGAAGGAGAGGUGGAUGGUGCAUCCCCGGCCAAACAGAAGGGUGGGGUGUCACCCGUCCGCCAGGAGUCAGAGAUUCCUGAUUUCCCACUGGGCACAGGCUCGGUGGCAGCUCUGAGAUCCAACUUUGAACGCAUCAGGAGAGUCAACUCUCACACAGCCGGAGAUGGCAGAGGGUUGUCAGUGAUGGGCGGCCAGGAGAAACCCUUCUAUGUGAACAUGGAGUACCAUCACGAUCGAGGGCUGGUCAAAGUCAACGACAGGGAGGUCUCAGACAAGAUCAGCACCUUGGGCUGUCAGGCCAUGCAGAUGGAGCGGAAGAGGUCCCUGCACUCCCUCCCAGUGAACCUGUCAGCCGCCACGGGGGACAUCAGCAAGGCUGUUCAGAGAGGCAGAUCCACUGAGGGGAACUGCAGCUACAAUGGCUCGUAUGAUGACGCUGAGGCCAACCCACACUUCCUGAAAGACAGUGUGAUCCGUUCCACUGGGGGAAAGUCUGAGCGGCAGCCAGCAGAGUGCCAGCCUUACACCAGUGUGUACGUUGGGGGAAUUAUGGCUGACGGGGACACUCGAGUCAUCCACAUUAAGGACCACAGCAUAGAGGAGGAUGCGCACCUCACCUGGCCGAGGCGCUCCUACUCUCCUGGCAGCUUUGACGAUGUAGGAGGAGGCUACACACCAGACUGCAGCUCCAACGAAAACUUAACAUCCAGUGAGGAGGACUUCUCCUCGGGCCAGUCCAGCCAUGUGUCUCCCAGCCCCACCACUUAUCAGAUGUACAGAGAGAAAAGCCGCUCACCCUCCCAGCAUUCCUUUGACAGCAGCAGCCCUCCCACACCCCUGUCUCAGAAGCGUCUGAAGCAGCAGGUGAUAGUGUCUGAGGCCUCCAUCAUUGGGGUCCGUAAAACGGGACAGAUCUGGCCCAGUGAUGGGGACUCCACCACUUCCAGCAGAACGUCUCAUGACAACAGUCUUCAAGGAGAUCUGGAGGCUCCGUACAGUGAGACCCCUCCAUCAUACGGCUAUGACCUGGAGCACUCAGAAGAGCACCAGCCCCGCCACGACCCUCUGUCCUUCACUGGAUCUCCGUCCUCCUCGCCAAGGCUCCGCUCCAAGAGCCGGAGCAGCCGAGACACCCAGUCCUCCGGCUCUCUGGAGUCCACGCUGUCGGUGGAGCUGGAUCAGGAGAAGGGGCUGGAGAUGAGGAAGUGGGUUCUGUCGGGAAUCCUGGCCAGCGAGGAGACCUACCUGAGCCACCUGGAGGCCCUGCUCAUUCCCAUGAAGCCUCUGAGGGCCGCAGCCACAACUUCCCAACCGAUGCUGACCAUCCAGCAGAUAGAGACCAUCUUCUUCAAAGUGCCAGAGCUUCACGAGAUCCACAAGGACUUCUACGAUGCUCUGCUGCCCCGAGUCCAGGACUGGGGCCACCAGCAGCGUGUGGGCGACCUCUUCCAGAAACUGGCCAGCCAGCUCGGUGUGUACCGAGCCUUUGUGGAUAACUAUAAGGUUGCUGUGGAGACGGCGGACAAGUGCUGCCAGGCAAACGCUCAGUUUGCAGAGAUAUCUGAGAAUCUCAAGGUCAAAAGCACAAAGGACUGCAAAGACCAGUUGGCUAAAAAUUCACUGGAAACUCUUCUCUACAAACCUGUGGACAGAGUGACUCGCAGCACACUCGUUCUGCAUGACCUCCUGAAGCACACGCCCUCCAGCCACCCAGACUAUCCGUUGUUACAGGACGCCCUGCGCAUCUCUCAGAACUUCCUGUCCAGUGUCAAUGAAGAGAUUACUCCACGUAGACAGUCCAUGACCGUUAAGAAGGGAGAGAACCGUCAGCUGCUGAGGGAUCGCUUCAUGGUCGAGCUGGUGGAAGGUUCCAGGAAACUCCGUCAUGUCUUCCUCUUCACCGACCUGCUGCUCUGCACCAAGCUGAAGAAACAGGCUGCUGGGAAAGGGCAGCAGUAUGAUUGUAAGUGGUACAUCCCACUGGCUGAUCUGACCUUCCAGACCAUCGAGGACUGCGAGUCCACCCCCAUCCCUCUUGUCCAAGACGAAGAGAUCGACGCCAUGAAGAUCAAAAUAUCCCAGAUCAAGAACGAGAUCCAAAGAGAAAAGAGAACCACCAAAGGAUCCAAGGUUAUUGAGCGACUGAGGAAGAAGUUAUCAGAACAAGAGUCUCUGCUGCUUCUCAUGUCACCCAACAUGGCGUUCAGAGUGGCCAACAGAAACGGAAAGGGUUUCACAUUUCUCAUCUCGUCUGACUAUGAGCGCGCCGAGUGGAGGGAGAUCAUUCGCGAGCAGCAGAAGAAGUGUUUUAAGAGCUUCUCUUUGACCUCUCUGGAGCUGCAGAUGCUCACUAACUCAUGUGUGAAACUCCAGACUGUUCACACGAUCCCAAUGACCAUGAAUAAGGAAGGUGAGGUUCACAGUGGAUUGUCCUUUUUAGGAUUUAUACAUUUUAAUAUAUGUAGAGUUUUGUGUUUUAUUUUAACCUGUAUUAAGUCAACGCUGCCCUCCACAGAUGAUGAAUCUUCCGGGUUGUACGGCUUCCUAAAUGUCAUUGUCCACUCAGCAUCAGGGCUGAAACAGAGCUUAAACCUUUACUGCUCCCUGGAGGUGGAUUCCUUCGGUUACUUUGUCAACAAAGCCAAAACACGUGUGUACAGAGACUCGACAGAGCCCAACUGGAACGAGGAGUUUGAGAUUGAACUGGAGGGCUCUCAAACUGUGAGGCUGCUCUGUUAUGAGAAGUGCUGCAACAAAACCAAGCAGAACAAAGAGGACGGGGAGAUCACAGACAAGAUCAUGGCCAAAGGACAAAUAAAGCUGGAUCCUCAGACAUUGCAAAAUAAAGACUGGCAGAGGACAGUCAUCGCCAUGAAUGGGAUUGAGGUGAAGCUUUCGAUGAAGUUCACCAGCAGAGAGUUCAGUCUGAAGCGAAUGCCUUCACGGAAACAGUCUGGCGUCUUUGGAGUGAAGAUCAACGUAGUAACGAAACGAGAGCGCUCCAAGGUUCCCCUCAUUGUGAGGCAGUGUGUGGAGGAGAUUGAGCGCCGAGGGAUGGAGGAGGUGGGGAUCUACCGAGUAUCUGGCGUUGCCACUGACAUCCAGGCGCUGAAGGCUGCCUUUGAUUCAAACAACAAGGACGUGUCUGUCAUGAUGAGGGAGAUGGACGUAAACGCCAUUGCUGGAACACUGAAGCUGUAUUUCCGCGAGCUGCCGGAGCCUCUUUUCACUGAUGAGUUGUACCCCAACUUUGCUGGAGGCAUCGCUCUCUCCGACAGUGUGGCCAAGGAGAGCUGCAUGCUCAACCUGUUGCUGUCUCUACCAGAGCCCAAUCUGGUGACCUUCCUCUUCUUGCUCGACCACCUUAAAAGGGUGACUGAAAAUGAGAGCAUCAACAAGAUGUCUUUGCACAAUCUGGCCACAGUUUUUGGCCCCACGUUGCUUCGGCCCUCUGAAAAAGACAGCAAAAUCUCAAACAGCUCACAGCCAAUCUCCAUGAACGACAGCUGGUCUCUAGAGGUCAUGGCUCAGGUGCAAGUCCUUCUCUACUUCCUUCAGCUGGAGAGCAUUCCAACACCUGACAGCAAACGUCAAAGCCUUCUCUUCUCUACUGAAGUAUAACAGGAACGUCAUGCACUUAUAUGUCCAUAAGUUUUCUGCCCAGAGGCAGAAUGUUAGCUGCUUAAUGUGGUGGAUGCUGCUGAGCAGCCAUGGUUGGCUGGUUUACUCUGAGGAUGCUUCAUUUAGCCACCAGGUGGAACCAUCAGGACGUUGUGAAAAAACGAGAAAACAGCCACCAUGACCAAAGCCGUUUCUUUUUGAGAUGUGAUGAGCGUGUGUGUUCUGUUUACUUACAAGCUUACCUGCUGUGUCAAAAUAAGACAACCCUAUAUGAUGUAUGGACAAAAUAUAUCAUUCCUUUUUUAAUUUAAUUUAAAUUUCAAGAAGCAUUAUUUCCUGUACUUUGAUAUUUCCCACUGCCCCGUUCUGUCACUGUGCACAUUAGCUCCAUAUUCACAGAGGGGGAUUUCUGCUGUGGUUGGAUUUGUAAGAUUUAUUUUUGCGGAUGGAUGAUGAAUGAAUGGUCGGAUGAAUGGACGUAUAUUUUCAUGUCUAUAGAUGUUUGUUUUUUUUCCCCCCACAAAUGUUUGAUUUGGUUGAAAGCUCACCUGUGCCAAUUUUUCCAUGCUGAUGACCAAUAGAACAUUUCAUUUACCCUAAUGUUUACAGACACUCUUAAUUUUGUACAGAAUUUAAAAGCAUGAGACUGAAAGCACAGCAACAUGCAGGCAUGUUGACCUACAGUAACUAAUUGAAGUGUUUUGUUCUCUGUGCUAUAGCAAUUUGGACAGCGACCUAAUUCAGUUCACAGGUUCUUCUGGUGGUGGCCGAGCCAGCUUCCAUCUAGAUAUGAGUGCUUUUUUGGAGGUGGUACAGAGAAGUGAGAGGCGAGGUGUCAUUCUUCCACCCAUGGAAUGUAUUCUGUACUGUGUGUCAUUUUAAUUUCACAGUGGUCUUUUGUCCAUAUUUCAUAUGUUUUGUGUCCACAUUGUUUUUUAGCCUCUGUCUGAUUUGAUUUAUUCAGUUGAAGUUGAUGUGUAUGUGUUGCUCCCUGCAUUCCCUCUCUAUAUUCUACCUAUAUAGGACAAAACCACACUGCUGUAGAAAUGAAAGCACCUGGAGAUUAUCCAGAAUACCAAAUGUUCCGUAGUAGGACCCUUGAAGCACAGUGAUUCACUCAUAUCCAAGUCUCCUGGUUGAACAGGCUUAUCAUCCAUAUACCUAGUAUUGCUUUCGAAGCCAUGUGAAACACUUUGUGCUUGCAUUAAUAUUUUUCCAAAUCACUUCAAGUAUUCAAACACUUGUUAGCACAAACUGUAACCCUAAAGGUUUGUGAUUCAUGUAAAAUGAGCAAUAACUCUUAGUGAUUCUUAGGAUGAGCAAUGAGAAGUGGGUCUUGUGUGUAUGAUUUAUGUAAAUAAA